GAGGAAAUUGUGAACAACAGUUCUGAAAAUUACACAGAAAAAUAAUAUAGUUUGCAUGCCAGUUCAAAUCAUCAACAGCAUCAACAAAAACAGUGGGUGCGAACCAAGUGCAGUGUAGGAUCACGGCGCGCGGUCAUAGGCGAGGGAGGGGGGAAGCGCUACUCGAGCGAAUCGAGGUGGCAGUUCCACCUGGAAGGGUCGGGUUUAAGGGAUCGAUGAUAAGUACCACGAGUGUGAGCGUGAGUUUGUGUCCGUGGCAUCCAUGACCGCCCCUCCUGCAAACAAACGGGCCUCGUAGGUUGCACCUCGAAUACAGCCAAAUUGGGACCUUGGCGAUUGCCGCCGUUAACUUCCAACCGAUUGCAACCUUUGUGAUCUGGAGAGGCUCAUCCAUGGGUUCUGGAUUGAAACCAAGCUGUGGGACUACAUGGCGUGGGUGGUGGUAGUGAUUGAGCUCAGCGAUGGUGAAUGCCCUUGAGAAGGAGGAGGAGAAGACGAGAGGGAGGAGGGAGUGCUGUGGCGUGCGUGCCUCGCUUGACGCCCUAAUUUGGAGUUGGGUGGGUGGUGAGAAGCCAUGGCUUCCGCUCCCUGGAUGGUUCCACGCGGGCUGGGCCCGCGGAGGAGCAAGAUGGAAGAGUGCGUGCAAUGUGCCGUGAUUGGUAGUGGCAAGACGAGGAGGAAGGUGGGUUUGCAGAGGACGAGUUUGAUGGUGAGGAGUGAGAAUAAGGUGAAGGUUCGGCUGCGAAUUGACCACCAGGUGCAAUUCGGUGAAUCGCACGCCAUUUUGGGUUCUUCGCAAUGUACUGGAGCGUGGCGGGAGAGGGUGCCUUUGCAAUGGACGGAGUCGGGUUGGGUGGUAGAGUUAGAGGCUAAUCCUGGUGAGACAUUUGAAUACAAGCAUAUCAUCGUCACCCAUGGGGGUGAUGUGAUUUGGGAAGGGGGUCCGAAUCGCGUCCUGUCGGUGCCCGAUGAGGGUGAAUUCGAGGUUGUUACCCAUUGGGGUUGCACCCAUGAGGAGCUCCAGUUGCAAGGAGAGCAGGUGAUAGAUGGACCAGUAGAUGUGGGCAAGGGAAGUAAAGAGGAGCCAGGUCAAGCUUCUGAAACUUCAAGUGGUCAGCAGAGGGAGCGUUCAGUGUGUGAGUUGGGAGAGAUUUCGACAUCGUUUGUACAUCAAUGGCUGGGAGGUGCGGCGAAGGAUGGACAGGAGAGAGCAUGCAAGUGGGACACCACUGGCUUGGAUGGGCCUGCCUUGCAUUUAGUAGAAGGUGACAAAAAUGCGAAGAACUGGUGGCAGAAGUUGGAGGUGGUGCGUUCGCUUGUUAGUGGUGAAUUUGGGAAUACAGAAAGGCUGAAAACGCUUGUAUAUAUCUCAGUGUACCUGAAAUGGAUCCGUACAGGGCAAAUCGCUUGCUGCGAGGAUGCUAAACACUACAGUCUCGACCAGCACGCUGAAAUCUCCAGGAAAAUCUUUGCGGAGCUGGAACGCAUCAUUGAUGAUAGAAGUGCGAGUUUAAGGGAAAUUCUGGUGGUCCGAAAGAUUCUUCCUAGCUUGCCCGCUUUUAAGGUGCAAUACACAGCAUCUGAUCCUCUGACCAGAAUACGGGACAUUGCGCAUCGUAAUGAUAUCCCGCAAGACCUGAAGAAGGAAAUUGAGCAUACGUUACAGAGUAAGUUGGAUAGAAGUGCAGGACCGGAGGAUUUAGUGGCCACGGAGGCAUUGCUUUCUCGUGUGAAUCAGAAGCCCGGAGAGUACAGUGAAGUGUUUGUGGAAGAGCUCAAGUUUUUCUAUACGGAGCUCAAAGAUUUCUUCAAUGCUGGAAGUUUGACUGAACAGCUGGAAGGACUGCGUCCAUUAAUUGAUGAAGAUACUCAAGCAAUUUCAGCGCAUUUUCUUUCGAGCAAGGACAGGUUGGAGACAUUGGAGAAGACAAAUGUUGCAAGUAUCAUUGAGCCGUUGUUGGAUACGAUACAUGCAUUGACUAAUUUGCGUGGGACAUUGGUGAAGGGGCUUGAUAGCGGACUUCCAAACGACGCUUCUGAUGAGUCCAUUGCCAUGCGGCAAAAAUGGCGUCUGUCCGAGAUAGGGUUAGAGAAGUACUCGUUUGUUUUGUUCAGCAGAUUGGUGAAUGCGUUUGAAAACGCCGGAGGAGUCGAAUGGUUUGUAGGGAUGGUCAGAGAUGGGAAAAUAGGGCAAUGGACGCCUGCAUUGACUAGUCUCGCAAUGGGCGCUCAGCAGCUAGGUUUUUCAGGAUUGCACAACGCCGAAUGUAUUGCAAUAAACAACGAGCUACUGGCAUGGUCAGCGACAGCGGUUGUCGCUGCAUUUACUGUCAAAGAUACAAAGGUAUGGGCAUUAAGGCUGAAGGCAACCGUAGACCGUGCUCGUCGACUAACUGAGACUUACAUUGACUCCAUGUUGCAACUCUUCCCUGACUGUACGGACAAGCUUGGCAAGGCUUUUGGUAUUCCAGAAGACACCGUGAGAACCUAUGCAGAAGCUGGCAUACGAGCAAGUUUGGUGUUUCAAGUUGUAAAAUUGUGUUCGCUGCUUCUCAAGGCCAUUCGAAGGACGGUUGGAGGGGAUGGUUUUGACGCUAUCAUGCCUGGAAGAGCUGCAGGUCGGUUGGUUGAAGUUGAAAGAAUUGCACCGAGUUAUUUGCCAUCUUCCGACAGCGGUCCUCUCAUACUUCUGGUUAAGAAGGCGUCCGGCGAGGAAGAGAUCAAGGCUACUGGCCUAAAUGUGGCGGGGGUGGUACUACAACAUGAGCUGCCACACUUGUCACAUUUGGGUGUCCGGGCUCGUAAAGAAAAUGUUGUGUUCGUCACAUGUGACGACGAAGCCAAGAUAGCCAGUCUACGUCCUUUGCUGAAUAGGAAUGUUGAAAUAUCGGGAUCCUCUGAAUUUGUUCAUGUUAGACCAUAUGAAACUCCACCACCCCAAGCACAACAGUAUGUGGGGGCUGGUUUGAGUUUGAAAGAAAAAAUGGUUAACGAUGAGUUGGGGCCUUCUUACAUUAGGUUAAGCACGCUAUCGAAAGUCGCAGACCUUAAACAGAGCAAGAUCGUCCGAAGCCCACUUGGGACAGUGUUUGAUAUCUCUAAGGCUACUACUGAAAAAGCUGGUUCGAAAGCAGCUGCGUGUGGUGUGCUGGCUGUGUUGGCUGAGCAGGCGAAGACGGUGCACAGUGAUCUAGGUGUGCCCGCAACGUUUCGUGUACCCAGAGGAAAUGUUAUUCCGUUCGGAGCUAUGGAGGAUGCUCUUGAAAGCAGUAAGUCUGUGAGAAAGUUUAAUGCACUCGUCGAGAAGAUCGAGGCUGCUCCGCUAGAAGGUGGGGCAUUGGACAAUGUGUGCGACGAGUUGCGAUCUCUUGUUGCAGAACAACGAAUUUCUCAGGCCGCUCUGGAUGGGCUUGCAUCAGGAAGUUUCUCUAAAAUCUCCAGGCUAAUAGUCCGGUCGAGUGCGAGUAUUGAAGAUUCUACAGGAUUUCCUGGGACGUGGUUGUAUGAGUCAAUACCGAAUGUCAGGCUCUCAGAGCCUGAAAGUUUUAGUAAAGCUGUGGCUCGAGUUUGGGCUUCUUUGUACACAAGAAGGGCAGUAUUGAGCCGACGAAUUGCUGGAGUCCCUCAGAAGGAAGCCUCCAUGGCUGUCCUAGUCCAGGAGCUCUUGUCUCCAGAAUUAAGCUUUGUUCUCCAUACGGUGAAUCCAAUUGACCACGAUUCGACAGUAGUACAAGCCGAAUUAGCUGUUGGAUUAGGUGAGACAUUAGCGUCUGGAACACGAGGUACUCCUUGGCGACUUGCUGCUAACAAGUUUGACGGGACGGUGAGGACUUUGGGUUUCGCUAACUUCAGUGAGCAGAUAUUAGUUCGUCACGAAAGCAAGGUAGCCGAUGGAAGUGUUAUGCGCGAAGUCGUUGAUUACAGCGGCCAACGUCUCUCCUCUGAUCCUGCUUUCCGAGAACGAGUAGGACAGCGUCUUGCCACCAUUGGGUUUUUUCUGGAGCAGCACUUCAAAGGCCCUCGAGAUAUUGAGGGCUGCAUCAUUGGUGAUGAUGUUUACAUCGUGCAAGCUCGGUCUCAGCCAUGAACAAAGCAUGCAACGUUUUGUUCUUGGAUUGGACUGUCAAGGUCUGUCAUCUUGUUGUAUAAUACUUGUACUUGUAGUGUAGAUAAUUUUACAUUGGGAAACAAUUGUGGACCUCUGUUUGGAUGCAUUGCUCCAAUUCUGGCACGUCUUUAAAACUUAGCUCAUUGUAGCCCGCAGCGGACACUUUUAAUAACUUAGAUGUAGAGAAACAGCGGUAGCAAAUGCUACCAUCUUAGUUCCCUGGUGUUGUUCGUAGCAGGUUUAGGUGUAUGUACCUCUUGCAAUCGGAUGUGAUUGUCAUAUGCAAGCCUUUUGGGCUCAUCUUCUGCGAA